CCUCUCCAAACCCAAUAAACCGAAGCAAAAACACAAGAGCGAGAGAAGUAGUAGUGACGCAUUAGUUUUCAGCCACCUCCAUUGAAGCGAAGCUCCGAGAGAGAAAGAGAGAGAGAGAGAGAUUGUAGUGUGGUGCACCGUUACAAAAACAAAACAUAACCCAAACCCGUACACGAAAAAGAAAAAAAAAACAACAACACAGACUUUUUGUUUUUCUUUUUUUUGUUUUGUCUCUUUCCAUGGUAAUGACAGAACUCAACUUCCUCCCAACAAUCUCCGAUCGCUUCACCACAACGACAACGUCACCCUCACCGUCACAUUCUCUUCUUCCUCCCUUCACCCAUCGACGAACAACACGACAAAAAACCCACAAACCCGUCUCCGUACGCAUGGAGCAGUCACGACAAAGAAACCGAAAAGACAAGAUCGUCGUCAUCUUAGGAGCCACCGGCGCCGGAAAGUCUCGACUUUCCGUCGAUCUCGCCACUCGUUUCCCUUCAGAGAUCAUAAACUCCGACAAAAUCCAAGUCUACGAAGGCCUUGAGAUCACAACCAACCAGAUUACCAUCCCCGACCGCCGCGGCGUUCCUCACCACCUCCUCGGCUACCUCCCCUCCGAAUACGGCGAGCUCACCGCCGGAGAUUUCCGACACGACGCUUCUAACGCCGUCUCCGACAUAACUUCCCGUAAAAAGCUUCCGAUCAUCGCCGGCGGAUCUAACUCCUUCGUCCACGCGCUCCUCGCCGAGAGAUUCGACCCAAAGAUCGAUCCUUUCUCUUCCACUUCGAGAAUCUGUCGGGACUUGCGUUACGACAGCUGUUUCGUCUGGGUGGACGUGUCGGAGCCUGUUUUGUUCGAGUAUCUUCUGAAACGGGUCGACGAGAUGAUGGGGUCGGGUAUGUUCGAGGAGCUGUCCGGGUUUUACGACCCGGUGAAAGCGGGUAGGACCCGGUUCGGGAUCCGGAAAGCGAUAGGUGUGCCGGAGUUCGAGGCGUUCUUCGAAAUGUACCCACCGGGGGAGAAGAAGUGGAGUCCGGGGAGGAGAGCGGCGUACGAUAAGGCGGUGGAGGAUAUCAAGGAGAACACGUUGAGGUUAGCGAGGAGGCAAGUAUGGAAGAUAGAGAAGCUGAGAGAAGCGGGUUGGGAUAUUAAGAGAGUUGACGCAACGGCGUCGUUUAGAGCAGUUAUGAUGAGUUCGUCGCGAGAGUGGAGAGAGAUUUGGGAGGAGCAAGUUUUGGAGCCAAGCGUAAAGAUUGUGAACCGGCUGUUGGUGGCAGAUUAGGUUUAUUUUCCAGCA